AACCUUUUCUUCUAUCUUCGCCACUCAGACCAAAACUCCUAGCUUACUGUCUCUAACCUGCUCACUCUCAAUGGAACCGAACAUUUACCAACUCGCCCUCGCGGCCCUCUUCGGAGCUUCCUUCGUUGCCGUUUCAGGGUUCUUCAUGCACUUCAAGGCCCUGAAUCUCGUCCUCGAGCGUGGCAGAGAGAAGAAAGACAACACCGCCGAAGAAGGAGACUCUCCGCAGCAUCAAAGUCAAACCCUUUCGAGGCGGCGGAGCCAAGUCAAAAGGAAAGGACACACCCCCGCUUCUCUUCCAGACGCCACGCCGUUCACCGAUGAUGCGGGACGCAGCAACGGACACGUGUGUGUGGAUGAGAUCCCUCCUGGUUUGCCCAGGCUUCAUACUCCAUCUGAAGGGAGAUCUUCAGUACAUGGGAGUAGUGGUAGUAGUAUAAGGAAAGCUGGAAGCUUUGUGAGACCCAUCUCUCCCAAGUCCCCUGUUGCUAGUGGUAGUGCCUUUGAGAGUAUGGGGGAAUCAGAUGAUGAUGAUGAUAAUGUCACAGAUACUGCAGAGUUGGAUGCUUCCUACUUGCAAACCAAUGGGGACUUGCCUGCAGAUGCUACUGAAGAGCAAGUAUCUAUGGCUGCUUCAAGCAUGAUUCGUUCACACAGUAUGUCUGGUGACUUACAUGGAGUUCAGCCUGAUCCUAUUGCUGCUGAUAUUCUUCGUAAAGAGCCGGAGCAAGAGACCUUUGUCCGUCUUGAUGUUCCUCUUGAGGCCCCAACGUCCGAUGAAGUUGAUGCCUACAAAUGUCUGCAAGAAUGUCUUGAGUUAAGGAAGAGGUAUGUCUUCCAAGAAACAGUUGCGCCGUGGGAGAAGGAAGUCAUAUCUGAUCCUAGUACUCCGAAGCCUAACUUAGAGCCGUUUGCACACUAUCCUCAGGGAAAGACUGAUCAUUAUUUUGAGAUGCAAGAUGGAGUAGUCCAUGUGUUUCCAAACAAAGAUGCAAAGGAAGAGCUCUUCCCUGUAGCUGACGCCACAACGUUCUUCACCGACUUGCAUCACGUGCUCAAAGUCACAGCUGCAGGAAAUAUCAGGACAUUGUGCCACCGCCGUCUAGUGCUCCUAGAACAGAAAUUUAAUCUGCAUUUGAUGCUUAAUGCGGAUAAAGAGUUCCUCGCCCAAAAAAGUGCACCACACCGUGAUUUUUAUAACGUUAGGAAAGUGGACACUCAUGUUCAUCACUCAGCUUGCAUGAACCAGAAACACCUCUUGAGGUUUAUCAAGUCAAAGCUCCGGAAAGAACCUGAUGAGGUUGUCAUCUUCCGGGAUGGAACGUAUUUAACCUUGAAAGAAGUCUUUGAGAGCUUGGAUCUGACUGGAUAUGACCUGAACGUGGACCUUAUGGAUGUUCAUGCAGACAAGAGUACAUUUCAUCGCUUUGAUAAGUUCAAUCUCAAGUACAAUCCCUGUGGUCAAAGUAGGCUUAGGGAAAUUUUCCUUAAACAGGAUAAUCUCAUCCAAGGUCGUUUUCUUGGUGAGAUAACAAAACAAGUUUUCUCCGACCUUGAAGCUAGCAAAUAUCAGAUGGCUGAAUACAGAAUAUCUAUAUACGGCAGAAAAAUGAGCGAGUGGGACCAACUGGCUAGUUGGAUUGUGAACAAUGAUCUAUACAGUGAGAACGUUGUCUGGUUAAUUCAGCUCCCACGCCUUUACAACAUCUACAAGGACAUGGGUAUUGUGACAUCGUUCCAGAAUAUCCUUGACAACAUAUUCAUUCCUCUGUUUGAAGCCACGGUAGAUCCCGAUUCGCAUCCCCAGCUCCAUGUCUUUUUGAAGCAGGUUGUUGGAUUUGAUUUGGUUGAUGAUGAAAGCAAACCUGAAAGACGUCCCACGAAACACAUGCCCACUCCAGCUCAAUGGACCAACGCAUUUAAUCCUGCAUUUUCUUACUAUGUCUACUACUGUUAUGCUAACCUCUAUGUGUUAAACAAGCUUCGGGAGUCAAAAGGCAUGACUACCAUCACGCUACGGCCACACUCUGGGGAGGCUGGUGACAUUGACCACUUGGCUGCUACGUUUCUCACAUGCCAUAGCAUCGCACACGGAAUCAAUCUACGGAAGUCUCCUGUGCUUCAGUAUCUCUACUACCUCGCUCAGAUUGGUCUGGCCAUGUCUCCACUGAGCAACAACUCUCUGUUUCUAGAUUACCACAGAAACCCAUUUCCUGUGUUUUUCUUAAGAGGUCUCAAUGUCUCCCUGUCUACUGAUGAUCCUCUUCAGAUUCACUUAACUAAAGAACCUCUCGUUGAAGAGUACAGCAUUGCUGCCUCAGUUUGGAAGCUGAGUGCUUGUGACUUGUGCGAGAUAGCUCGUAACUCAGUGUACCAGUCAGGUUUCUCACAUGCUCUGAAGUCGCACUGGAUUGGGAAAGACUACUACAAAAGAGGACCUGAUGGAAACGACAUUCACAAAACAAAUGUGCCUCGCAUAAGGGUGGAGUUCAGGGACACGAUUUGGAAAGAGGAGAUGCAACAGGUCUAUCUGGGCAAGGCAUCUAUCUCAGAUGUAGUUGUUCCAUGAAAUAAAAAUGCAAUCAGAAAUGGCAAACAUGGGAACAGAGAGAUGAGUUUAUUACACCAAGCGAAGAAUCUUCACAGGUACACGGAGUGACGGAGCAUGAAGUAGAUAGGGUAAUAAUAUGAGUGGCUAUGUUGUGCCCUUAUGAAGGCUGCCAAAUCUAUUGUUUACAAUUUUUUUCUUUUUAAGAAUUGUCCCCUUAUUUUUAUUUAUAUAGAGCGGACUUUAAAGAGCUGCUAAUUAAGAUAUAAAAACAAAAAAAAAAAAACUCUCGAGUUUUGUUACCGAACAAGUCUAUGAAACCAGAUAUCAAAUGGAUUAAUGUUCGUUUG